AAAAUUAAAGAGAGUUUACUCCCACUUCUCAGCCAAUAGCCGCCUCGGAACUCAAAACCAAUUAUUCACCAAAAUACCGAAAAAAUUUCAAGUCCGCGUUCCCCCCCGGGGGCCGACUGCUCUCUCUCUCUCUCUCUCUCUCUCUCCAAUCAAACUCCUUGAACUCUUUCGGUAAUCUCUUGUUUCGAUCCGAAAUUCAGCUCUCAUGCCACCCUUCCUAGCAUUCUAGAUCCAAUUCUUGCCCGAAACUUGAACAACUUUGCACUGAUAACUCGUUCCUAGUCGGCUCUGCUCGUGCUCCGGAAGGUCUUUUGGCAGCUUCAGACUCGGUCGACUCGGUUUCUAGGGCUUUGGUUUUGAUUUGGGCUAAAAAAUGCGUUCCAUGGACUAUGGUCUAUCUGAUAGUAGCGGAACGGAUGAUGAUCUUCCACCCACACAUCAAAAUAGAUUUCAAAGAGGUGGUCGUGCUGCAGGAAAUGGACGAUCUGGAGUUGCUGGUUCUGCCCCAUUCCUCAGGGUGCAAAAUGACAUGGAGACCCAGAUCCACAACAUUGAGCAGGAUGCAUACAGCUCAGUCCUGCGUGCUUUUAAAGCUCAAUCAGAUGCCAUUUCAUGGGAGAAAGAAAGUUUAAUUACAGAGCUUAGAAGAGAGCUUAGAGUAUCAGAUGAAGAACACAGAGAACUGCUUUCCAGGGUUAAUGCUGAUGACAUUAUACGGAGGAUAAGGGAGUGGAGAAAGGCAGGUGGUCUCCAACCUGGCAUGCUUAGUGGUAAUCAGCCUGUUCAUGACCCUGUACCUAGUCCAACUGUUUCAGCAUCGCGCAAGAAACAGAGAACAUCUCACUCUGUGGCUUCUUUGUCCUUAAGUGCGGCGCCUCCAGCACUGCAGCAAAACUUGCAGCCAUCUUCAUCAGCCUUUAAACAAGGCCCUGCUCCCGGAGCAAGAGGGAAGAAGCCAAAAUCAACAUUGUCUGCUGCAUCUUCAAUGAAGUCCACGCAGUACCCUUCUACAGGUCUCACUGGAAGGGCUCAAAUAGCCAAUCGAGGAUCUUCGGGUCCAUUUGUGGGAAAUGAACCUACUGAAGCAGCAAAUUUUGAUCCCUUAGUUGGAAGAAAAGUUUGGACACGAUGGCCCGAAGACAACAACUUCUAUGAGGCUGUGAUAACAGACUACAAAGAGGGUCGUCAUGCUCUUGUUUAUGAUAUUAACACAGAAAAUGAAACAUGGGAAUGGGUCAACCUAAAAGAGAUAUCUCCUGAAGACAUCCGGUGGGAAGGUGAAGAUCCCAGAAUUCCUCAUAGAGGUGGCCGUGGGGGGCCAGGCCGAGGGAUGAAAAAGUCCAUGACCCGUGGCGGUGGUGUUGCUGGUGCGGGAAGAGGAAGAGGAACCACCAAAGGUCAGCCCAAGAAAGAUUUUGCUCCAUCACAGAAUGGCAUUGGGAAGAAAGUCCCAGGUGACAUUGAAAUACUUCAUACAGAUACCCUAAUAAAGGAGGUGGAAAAAGUUUUCAGCUCAAGCCAUCCUGAUUCUGUGGAGAUUGAGAAAGUCAAAAAAGUGCUGAAAGAGCAUGAACAAGCGCUGGUUGAUGCAAUCGCUAGGCUGGAAGAUGCAUCUGACGGCGAAAGUGAUGAGAGAGAACCUCCCUUCUCACAAGGGCAAUCGUUGGAUCAAGAACGAGGAUGGAGGAAACGGCAAUAUGAUGAAAUGGGUGAAGGUAGACUAAUUGAUGGUCCAGAUAGGCCUGGAGACGGCAGGCUUGUUUCUGAUGAUGCACGCGGAGGCAAUGAAAUAUGACAGUCUUAGGAUCAUGCUUUGCAGUCGAGGAAAAGGGGAAAAAAAAAAAAAUCCAUUUGCAUCACUCAUGCCAACCAGCCGGAUAUAGAUGUCAGUCCUGUUUUUUGUAUACUACUAGUUGGGCUGGGUAGUGAUGACCCUUCAUUGUAAUUUUUAUGUAACUAGUUAAUGUUGCUUCAUUUGUGUAAAAUUAUUUGAAUCCUCAGUAACCUAUCAUGUACAAAUUCUUGAUACUUGUUUUAAUGGUUGUCAAUCUCUCCUCAA